AUGGAAACUUCUCAUUGUGGCAAAUGUGAUACUACAAGGCCCAAUAGUGAAUUUACAAGAUCUGGAGUAACUGGCACUAUAAAACUAUUUCGCACAUACCAAGAAAAUAACAACGAUCUAGAAUUAAUUGAGCCAACAAACCUUAGUAAUCAUAUUACUGAACUUCUGAAUACACAUUUAAUACAGCCCGAUAAUAAUUUUGAAAACUCAUCCCUAUUUCAUUUUCAAUGUGCUGUUGAUUUAUCAACAUUUGAUAAAUCAACAAAAGAAAUUGUCAAGGAAUUAGUUGAGUCAAUUGAAGAUGCAGACGAAUUUUC